AAUUAUUGCAAUGCAAAUAUUCACAACAAAUGUCACUAGCAGGAAGGUGUUUAUUUUUUCAGGUAUUUUUGUAAAUAUGUAAGAGAAAUACAAGAUCUGCUAAAGUAAAAGAGGAAAAUUGCUAUAUACAAUAUGGCUACACAAGAAAAGCUGCAAAAAUCUUUGGAAGCUCUUAAAAAUUUGUCUAAAUAUAAUCAAAACUCUUCAGAUAAUUCUAAAAAAAAGGAGAAAAUACAAUAUUGCUAUAACAUUACAGAUGCUAUUUCAAAUUCAACAAUAAGAGUCUCAACAAAUUUCCAUAUUUUGUUAGGAACAAGCAUUGAAGUGUUUUUACUACUUUGUGAUGAUGAAGAUGCUGAUAUUCGAAUGACAAGUGAAGAAUGUUUAAACAGAAUUAUAAGAGCUGCAAACGGUUCGAUUGGAAAAAUACAGAUAGAAUUACAUAAAGAAAUCAAGAGAAAUGGUCCAGCAAGGUCUUUGAGAACUGCUUUAUGGUUGUUUUCCCUUUUAGCUCAUAGGAUUAGGCCCCACAAAGGGAAGCCUUAUGUUGCUAAUAUGUUUCCUGGACUCAUAAAAAUAACUGAACGGAAUGAGGAAGCAGUACAUGAGACUUUGGCAGCUAGUUUGCCAAACAUUAUGAAAGUGUUAGGAUGUUUCACAACAGAAAAUGAAAUUAAGGCACUGCUAAAAGCAUUUCUAUCAAAUAUUUCCAAUGAGUCUACAGUUAUAAGAAGAACUACAACAAAUUGUGUGCUUACAGUGUGUAUGAAUUGCAAAAACCCAUAUGUUUUCAUGACAUAUUGCCUAAACAUCUUAUUAGAUACUAUAAUUCCAGUCAACGUAGAACAUUCGACUUUCCAAAUUCUAGGAAUAAUUUCCUGUAUCAAAUCGUUGAUACAAAAUAUAUUUUCAGUUGAAAACGAUUCUAGUCUUCAAAAUAAGAAUGCUCUCACUGAAAAACUCUUACAGAUCUUCGAACUGUGUCUGCAUUAUUUAUCACACAAAGAUCAUAACAUCAUAAAUAUUUGUUUAGAAACGUUGAAAGUACUUUUGGAGUGCCCAAGCAGCCAUUUUAGAGAGAGGUUGAAUUCUGGUUUUGGAUGUCACAGGAUUUAUUCAAGUGAAAAACUUUGUAUAUUAAGUAAUAGAUCUCCAAGUCAACUCAGUGUAGCAACAACAGUCACCACCGAAGAUAAUCUAUUUUCUGAUUCAGACUUGACCGAAACGUUACAUUCGGAUAUUGAAAAGUGGAUUGAUGAGACCUCAAUGUCUGUUAGGAACAUAACCUUUGCAAAAACCAAAGAAAAAUCGCAAUCUCUCGACAAAAUAAGUAGGUUCGAAUUGGAAAGUAUAAAAAAUAUUGAUAUCAAUAAUUUUGGAGGAUUAAAUCAAUUAAACAAAGAACAUUUUAUUACUCAACGAAAAGCUCAUAGUAUUGAAAAUACCUUGGACAUCCUUAGUUUCAGUGAAAAUUCUUCAGAAAAAAGUUAUUGUGGAGCUGAUUCAGAAGAGAAGCUUUUAAAUCUGGAUGUCUGUAUACAGGAAAUUGAAGUUGGAAAUCUUCUCGACGCAACAACUCCUCUAAUCUAUUGUAUCCGCCUGAUCACAAAAUUAUUUUUGCUGAAUGGUAUACCAGAAAAUUACAUCUCUGAUAAAGUAGUGAGGGUGUCUGUAAAAUUUUUAGCUAUUUCCUGUCUCUCGUCAUUGUUUAAUCUUUAUCCGAAAGGAUUGUUUAUGUACUUGGAUAAAAAUUAUUCACAAAACAUGAAAUCGAAAAGAAUCAGUUGUCAAAAAAUUUCUGACAUACUAUUAUUAAGAAAUCAUAUCGAUCCUCAACUCAGGGGUGCAAUCAGAAAUUUGUUGGGUAAUUAUCUCAAGGUUGUAAGUCACUUAUGUGAGGGAGGAUACGAGGACUGGAUUGGAGACAAUUAUAUAGGCGAUCAGGAUAAUUCAGUUCAAAUUUGCGAUAUUGUCAAUAUAUUCAUUCAGGGUUUGAAUGAUGAGUCUUCAAAUUGCAUUCGACAAACACUAGUGACUUUGCAAAACAAUUUAAAAUAUUUAAUUGAAUCACACCAAAGUAAUGCGGUUAUACCUCUAUUGAAUACUCUACCUGCAUUAUCAGAAAAUCCAUAUUGGCUAGUAAAGGUGUCUCUUUGUGAACUGGUGUCAAAAAUAGAUUAUAUUAAUAUAUAUUACGUAACAGAAAACAACGAUUUUCAAGAUAAAGUAUUAUACAAUGUUCUUUUUAAUUUAUUAAGCGAUAGCGACCAAAGGGUUCGAACUUCAGCCGCUUCUAGUAUUGUACAGAUAAUUCCACAUCUCUACUACGGAGAAUACCUACUUAAUGAGGGCACUCCUACCUCGAAAGCUUUAUUAGAUAUAGAAGCAUUAACAAAAAAUCUCCAACACGAGGAACUUGAUACCGGUGUAAAUAGAAAACAUUUUAUUAGCAACAUGCCUUUCCCCUUUAACACGAUUUCCCAAAAAAUAUGUGAUAAAACUGAUUUUUCUCUGUCUAAAGUAGUUUCUAGGUUAUGCAACAUAGUGCUAACUACUGUUUCUAAAAAUUUGUUGAGCGGCUGUAUAGAGACAUUGUCUUUACUCUCUAAUACAUAUCCUUGUACAUUGUACAAAAGUAGUUGGUCUACAAUGGAUUUCCAAAUUAAUAAUGAUUUGAAAAUGCCGGAUCUAUUAAAUUUUUGCUUAAGUUUGUUGACAAAUUCUGUACACGUGUAUAGUCUGCAAACUCAUAUGGAUAUUUUGAAUCUUGCAAUUAAUCUAUAUGCAGGGCAUGCUUUGACAACCCUAAAACCAGUUGAUCUAGAAAUUACCAUAACUCCAUGGGUCAUGUUUAACAAUGAAGUAUUUUCUGAUCUCUCAGAUCAAUACUUAUACCAUAUAAUAAAAUUGUUAAACAUAUUUCAGCACGUUUUGAAUGACUUACAGCCUUUGCAUCCUCAAUCAAAACCAGUACUUCCUAAUUUACCCGCCACGGCUAAUUUGUCGCCGCUUAAAAGAAGAAAAAGCGAUUUAGAUAAAAAAUCCAUGACAUUAAAAUUAGAAAAAGACGAAAAGAACGAGAAGAAAGACAUAAAGAGUUUCUUCGGAUUAUUCGUGCAAUCUGGGCAUUAUAUGAAGAUAUAUGAAAGUGUUAAAUCAUCGUUUAGUAACUAUAAGGUCUCUUUAGACUCCGCUUCUUCCAAAACUUUUCUCGAAUUUCUAAGUUCUACCUUAAGAAGUCUUUCUGUAUUACUGGAAGUAGGUUCAUUAACAGAAUUUGGAAAAUUGGCGGAAGAAAUUUUGGGAUAUUUCCGUUCUACCUUCGUUGUUGAUGCUUCGGGUACAAUUCAAGCUGUACAGCAGCUUCUUAAGUGCCUGUUUGGAACUAAUUUGACUGCCAACAUAUUGGAAUUUCCGCUACCGAAGUCCGAAACAAAGGAAUUCGAAAAAGGGUUUUACCAAAACAUUUUUCAAAAACCAUACGGUUUAGUUUCUUGGUAUAUACAAUCUUUAAACAAUAUAGGACGCCAUGAUAUCGAUGAUGAUAAUACAGUUAUGGGUUAUUUACACAGGAGAGAUUCGAAAAGAAGAUCAGUAAUUUUAACAAGAACUUCCGACAAAACGUUAGAAAAUUACAUUAGAAUAUUUGAGCCAAUGGUCAUAAAGUCACUAAAACAAUACACCAUGACCAGUAGUGUUAAAUUACAGUGUCAAGUUCUGAAGUUGUUAAGUCAGUUGGUACAACUUAGAGUAAAUUAUUGUUUGCUUGAUUCUGAACAAGUUUUCAUAGGUUUUGUUUUAAAACAGUUUGAGUACAUCGAAGAAGGCCAAGUACCAGCCGUUGAAGAGCUGAUACCAAAAAUAUUCCAAUUUCUGGUUCAAUUGUCGUAUAGCAAACAACACUCAAAAUUAAUUAUUGGUGUUCCAAAAAUUAUUCAACUUUGUGAUGGAUUGAUGGCUAGCGGUCAACCAGCUGCUACUCAUUGUAUACCGGCGUUGCAACCCAUAGUUAUUUUGAGCAUGUUGCUCAGAUUGUGUGAUAACAAGCAAGUGCUAGAUUUAAUUACGCUGAUAUUAGAAGAUAGUAAGUAUUGUACUCAUAAUACUGAAAAAUGGUAUGAAUGGUCAAAGAGAGUAUUCCACGUGGUACUUCCUAUGCUUAAACAGAACAAAUUAAAACUGGACGACUCAGAAUCACUGGCUGCAAUGAGGAGAUUCAUAUUGGCGAUGAAUCCAGAAGUUUUUAAACCAUUUGAUGAAAUCAUUGUGAUGUUUUUCCAAGAUCCGCCUUCAUUGGAUACGCACUUGACAACAUUCAACAACUGGUUUUCCAAAAUCCUUAUCCUAUUUUUGCUGAUAAUCCCGUUGAAAGAAGAAGCCCUUCUAGUAAAAAUAAAUAAACUCAAAUCAGAAUUUUCUCCGGCGAUUAUAUUUGAAAACGUAACAACUAAAGCUGAUCCAUUAAACGUUUAUAACAACGCUGAAACUUUCCAAAAUAUUUCUGCAGAAAUCAUCUUGAUUCGAUAUUUAUUUAGAAUUUUAAAUUUGACUUCAAAAAGAUGUGUUAUGGAAAUUAAACGCCAAGGAAAAGGAUUUAUUUUCGAACAACUUUUUGGGUUUCUGUUGCAUUGUUUAUACAUGUUUCAGUCUGAAAUAAAAGAUCUUCUGCUAGAUUUUAAAAUGGAAAUUCGUGCGAAAAUUGAUGAUUUUGAUAAUAAAAUAACUGAGUUAAACGAUAAGCUCAGCCAGAUUAAUUUAUUUAAGUCUACCGAAUUCACGGAUAAUAUCGCUAACGAAGCUGUAGAUCGUAUAACACGCGCUAAAAAUAUUCUAAUUAGAGGCGUAACAGAAUCUUCCUCUGGGGAUGUACAACGCAGAAAAGAUGAUGACGCGAAUAAGGUGAAGCUUGUUUUGGAUACUGUUGGCUGCCAGGAAAAGCAAAUCACCUUCUACAGAGUCGGCAAAGCAAACCAACGAUUUCCCCGAAUGAUAAAGGUAGUGAUGGGUUCGGAAUACCACGUUAAAGAUAUUCUGAGAAAUAAAGCCAAACUUCUGGAAAACAAAGCCACGGAAAAAUUUUCAAUAAUUGACGACAAGACGCCCAUCCAACAAAGUCAAAAAAUCCAAUUUUUAAAUUUAGAAGUUAUGAAAUAUGGAAGCACCAUAUCCUUUUGCGAUUUUUUGAGUGAAAAUAUUCCCGACAUCAAUAAUAUUUCUUGGUUUCUGGAUAUAAAUUCUUCACUUCUAAUUGACUUACAUCAUGAACCUCCAGUAUCAGAAUUUUUAACAUUUGUACAUAGAUCUGCACAGCUAAGUCAACGAUUUAUUUAUAAUUUAUAUGAAGCUGUCAAACAGUCUCGAUCUUCCGUUUUUAAAGUGAGAACACUAAAAUGUAUAGAGAAUUGUCAUCAAUCACAAAUUGGCACUGUUUUAAAUCUUCUAAUUCCUCAUAUGCUUAAAUUUCACCAAGCAGCUGUCUCCAGAAGGGCUUCUAACAUAGCUAACAGAAAAAUUGAAGAAUUGUUAACUCUGUCAAUGGAGGAAGUCAGUAAUCAAUUGUCAAAGGAGGAAUUAGUCAAAAUGCAAAGAGAUUUAGUAAAUUGUAAUUUAGUUAAAAAGAAUGAAACCCUAGUUAGCCUUCUGAACAAAUUGUCUGUACAGUUUUACGAUCUAAGUCCAAUAGAAUUUGAACAGCGACGUGUAGUAAAUCCAGAAUAUAUAAAAAAAUUAAAAAUCGACAGAAAAUGGUACUUAACACAAAUUCAAAUUAAAUAUAAGGACUCAAACAUAGGCAGAGAAAUGGCCGAGUUGUUAUCUAAAUUAGAGUACAACGAAAUCGUCAGUUUUAUGUCAAGUAGUGGAUUUAAUAAACAUAAUUUAAAAGACUGUUUAAGAUUAGGUUUAAUUGGUGUGGAUAAAUUAAAGACAAACGGUAGAUGCGAUUUGCUAAGAGCAAGCAUUGACUGUCUCCUAAAAGACAUUUCUAGUGUAGUUUGUAAAAUUCCAGAACCGCAUCAGGUUUACUCUCCAAUAGAAAGAAUUCCAUCAGCUCCGGAAUCAUUAUAUACCAAACAAAUGACCGAACUUUUUGACAAUCACGAAUUUUCCAGUUUACUUUAUAGUGUUGCAAUGUCUAUACCUUUAUUUUCUAAACAUAUUCUUGCAAAUUCUUCCUAUGAACUGUCCAACAAUAAUUUAGAAGAUCUAGCAAAAUUUUCUGUUCUCUGUUUAGAAUACAUGCGAUUUUUAGAAUCUGAGAACGUAGAUUUUAGGGUUCAUUUGACGGAUAUAUGUUUAACAUGUUGUGAUACCAUAUUAAGAAACAUCAGUACCUGUAACUUUUUAGAAUUAGAUUCCAACGCUACUUGGUUGUGUUCUAGUAUAAAUAGUGUGUACAGUCUUGUAAAUACUUUAUUAAGAAGUGAUAGACCACUUUUAACAGUUCCCAAGUACAAUCUAAAAGAAAACGAAUCUUCGAUACCAAUGAUUCAGGCUACACAUGAGUUAUAUACUUUGACCUGUUGGCUAUUCGAAUUAAAAUUGUCUAACACGACUAAAAUACCCGAUUUUUUGUUUAACAGAAUCAAAAGUUUGACAUUUUGUUUGGCGAGGCUGCCGCUAGUUAAUUCUUAUUCUUUAAUACCUCAACGAGCUUGGAAAACAGGCUGGCAACCCGAUACUAUGGAUGGGACCUUUGGUACUAGUGUGGCAGCACUACCUAUAGAUAUGUUGCAAGAUAUAGAAGUUCUUCAGGAAUAUAUUUUCAGGAUAAAUCUAUUGGGAUGGACCUCUAGGCAGCAGUUUGAAGAAACAUGGAUGUGCUUGUUAAGUGUUUUGUGUGCUCCAACUGAAGAUUUAGAGCCGUUGGUAUUAAACGAUGUUCUACAUGCUUCCACUUUAGCUAUUAAAUCAAUUACAACACUUCUCCUACAAACCCUGGCCUUGCCAGUAGUUGGGAAUCCAAAUAUAUCUGAAAUGCUUCAUAUUCCCAGGAAUUCAAACAUCAGCGAGUGUAGCAUUGGUGUUCAAAAGUUGAAGAAGAUUCAACACUGCAUACAAACCAGUUACAAUAAUUCUUCCCAUGUUUCUGACGAUUAUAAAAUUGUAAACGUUUUCAAUUUACGCAAUUUAGAGAAAUCAUCCGAUAGGUACUCAUGCGGGCAAGUAUCUAUUAGAUAUUUAUUGGUAGCUACUGCUUCAGUGGAAGAAACACAAGACAAUAUUAUGGUUGCAGAAAUUUGUAGACAGCGAACACAAAAAUUGGAGUCCAUGGGCCUCGAUGUGAAUUCUUGUUUACAGUUUUUAAUCGAUUAUUAUACUCAGUUGAUGAGACCACAGUCUCAUACACAUAUACGAGUUCUUCACGAAGCCGUUAGAUCAACAAUUAUGAUUUCGGAUCUAUUUACCGAUAAAUCUCAGUUUUCAUGGAUGAUGGAAGUAUUUCUGGAACUAUUUAAGAUCCAUCACUCGGAAGAUGAGUUUCUGUACCAGUAUUUAAUUUUAGGAAUAUGUAAAGCUGCAGCUGUGUUAUCACCGGAUUUAGAAACAUUUGAUAACUUAAAGAAAAUGUUAGUACAGUAUCUAAAAAGCCCAUACUUAACGUCUAGAAUAUCAAGUUUAUAUGGUAUAUUAUAUGUGCUGGAAGGAUGUAAACUAAAGGGCAAUAGCAUAGGAGCUGUAUCCGAAGAAUUACAGCUAAUUUUGCCGUGUGCUGUGGAAUACGUUCAAUUUAAUUUAAAUCCUUCGAAUAAUGUUCUAAAAAAAUCUCAAGAACAUACUAGUCUUGUAUGGUCACUUGCAUUUUAUUUGGUGGAAAAUGUUGAAGAAAUCCACAUGGAACAAAGUUUUGUUACAAAUGUGAUGACUACAGCUUUCACAACCCUUCAAGGAAGAAUAGCGACUUGGUUACACACGAUCAUAAUUAAGGGUUUGGAAAGGUUGUUGAUAAUAAAGAAGUCAUUAAUUAUAGAACAGUUCGGAAAACAGUUUCUGAAGUUGGCGUUGAAUAAAAUGAAAAGUGAUAAUCCAACUGUAGCCAUUUUAGGAACUCAAUUUUUGUUAAGCUAUUUAUACACUGAUUGUGUUAAUUAUUUACAAAGUGUUCAGACUUCUUCCAAUACUCCGACGAAUCCCGAUAGCUUGGUCCAAACUAUCGAGAUGGUGUCUGCUAUUUUUGAACGAAUUAAGAGAGGUUACGUGUACGAAGUAGAAAUUUUGUGUUCGGUGAUGCCGAAAGUUUUGGAUGACUUCUUCUCUCCUUCUGAUAUUUUGACAAAAGUAAUUGGAGAGUUUUUAUCCGCCCAGCAGCCUCACCCGAAGUUAUUAAGCAAAGUUGUUUUUCAGGUUUUCCAGAGUGCAAUACAAAGGAACCAGCUCUCGUUGCUCCAAGAUUGGGUCGUUUUUAGCUUAUCCAACUUUACUCAGUCCUUCUCGAUCGGUAUGGCGACGUGGUGCUUAACUUGCUUCUUCGUCAGUGCUACCACCAAUGAUUGGUUACGUUCGUACUUUUCAUAUAUUCAAACUAGAGUUGGAAGAUAUGAAUACGAAGAUAGGAAAAUGCUUUGCAUCGCUGGAGCGGACUUCUACAAAAAUUUAACGAAUGAUAAGCAACGGCAGACGUUUAUAGAUAAUUUUACGAAAGUUAAGGAUCAAGUAGAUACUCCAUUUAAUGAUUUAUUGUUGUCUUUGUAAAUUUAAAUAAGUUACUAAAAGAGUACUUUAUUCUACUGUUAUCUUUGUGAGAGUUGUUUCAGAGUAUAAUAGAUUAUAAGGCAACCACAGAUUUGUAAAUAUAACUGUUUUGAAUU